GGUUUUCCGGUUUCCCAGUUUUCCAUCAAUAUUUUUAUUGAGAUUAUUUUGUGCCAAAAACGAACAACAAUAAAUUGUUUCGCAUAUUGCGUUUACUGAGCAGUUUUGAAUACUAUAUUUUUAUAUAAAUCAUGAAACAAUGAAGCGCCAAAACGUUCGUACGUUAUCUCUUGUAGUGUGUACAUUUACUUACUUGCUGAUUGGUGCAGCAGUUUUUGAUGCACUAGAAUCUAAAACAGAAAGUAAGAGAUGGGAGGUUUUAUCCGACAUGAAAAAUGGCCUGGUACGGAAAUACAAUAUAACACCUGAGGACUACCACAUGAUAGAAAUAGUCAUAAUAGAGAAUAAGCCGCACAAAGCUGGGCCACAGUGGAAGUUUGCGGGAGCAUUUUAUUUUGCGACUGUUGUGCUUGCCAUGAUUGGGUAUGGCCACUCUACUCCUGUUACCGUUGGGGGAAAAGCAUUCUGUAUGGCUUAUGCUAUGGUUGGCAUCCCGCUUGGUCUAGUUAUGUUCCAAAGUAUAGGUGAGAGGUUGAACAAAUUUGCAUCAGUCGUGAUCAGACGAGCCAAGUGCUACUUAAGGUGCAAUACCACGGAAGCUACAGAGAUGAAUCUGAUGUUUGCUACUGGGAUGUUGUCUUCUAUUAUUAUUACUACAGGUGCAGCAGUAUUUUCAAGAUACGAAGGAUGGAGUUACUUUGACAGUUUCUAUUAUUGCUUUGUAACAUUGACUACUAUUGGCUUUGGCGAUUAUGUUGCAUUGCAGAAUGACCAAGCUUUAACAAGCAAGCCAGGCUAUGUGGCAUUGAGUUUGGUUUUCAUCCUAUUUGGACUGGCUGUUGUUGCUGCCAGUAUUAAUUUAUUAGUCUUAAGGUUUAUGACAAUGCAAGCAGAGGAGAGCGCUCGAGAUGAAGACAAAGAUGGCUCGAAAACAGUUCUGCCUAUUGAUGGCCACAUUAUAGCAAGUCGACAGAGAUCUCACGAUGAUCAGGCUUCGGUGUGUUCGUGCAACUGCCUCGGCAACAAGACGUGCGAGAGUGGCGCACUGCUGCCGCCGACCGUGCGCUCGCACCGCUUGCUGCUCGAGCGCUCGCUCUCCACUGAGCUCAUUGAGCGCGCUUCUGUGUAGGUUGCUAUGGCAACCGGUGCGUGCGACGCGUUGCUAUGGUAACCACGGUAGAGGGAUAUGCGCAUCAUCUUGCUAUGGUAACCGCGUUGCCUGCUCGUGCGCUCGCUCUCCACUGAGCUCAUCGAGCGCGCUUCUGUGUAGGUUGCUAUAGUGACGGUUAUAUGCAACACGUUGUCAUGGUAACCGCGUUGCCUGCUCGUGCGCUCGCUCUCCACUGAGCUUAUCGUGCGCGCUUCUGUGUAGGUUGCCAUGGUAACCACGGUGAAUGCUUCUUGUGCGGGCACGGCUGUGUGCUUCUGUUUAGGCGGUUGCUAUGGUGACCGGUGUGCGCGCGACACGUUGCCAUGGUUACCGCGGUGAUCGUGACCUGUGCGGGUGCGCACAUUUAUUACAAUUAUUUAGUGCCAAAAAUAUAUUGAUAUCAACAAUUAUUAUGCACAUGAAAAAAUAUAAGUAAAUACUGCACUAUUUGUUCAAAAGCGAAACGAAAACGUUGCUUUUGAAAAUAAAGCUAUAGGUUUAUAACUUAUAAGUGCAUCAAGGACAUAAAAUAUAAGAAUU